AUGAUUUCCUUAUUUUAUAUUUUUCUUACUUUUUUUACUUCCUUUUUUUUCUAUUUGUUUUUUUUUUAUUCCUUGAGUCCCACAUCUCUACUUCUUCUUCCAUACAUUUGGCGUUCGUUUGGCGUCCGCAUCGCUACCACUUUAGUUAAAUACUAUCCAUCUGCGGAUAUAGCAAUGUUCAAUCUCACCAUCAGACAUUCUUUCGGAAAAUUCGUGCCUAACUCCAUGAACAGUCACCUUCAUACAACCCCCUCCCCAAUUAUUCUGCGUCAUCUGAUUCUUGGAGUUAGCCAGAAAAUAUCUACCUAUCUGGCCCCGCCUUCCUUAUCCUUACUGCUAGUUGGCGGCUCAUGCUCGCCAUUAAUGACCACCAAUACCGAUGUCCGGACAUCAAUAAUACCGAACAGUGGUGGCUAUUCAACGGCUAAACACAGACUUAUGGUAGCACGAUUCCAAGAAGACCCAUCUCUUUCUUCAUCAUUUCUCCUCUUUUAUUCGGCCAUUUUAUUUUCUUCUAUUUCUUCAUAG